UUUUUUUCUAUAAAUAAUGCCAAUUAAUCUAAAGCCUUUACAUACUGAUAUCAGACAUACACCAGAGAAGCGAUAGUUAAACAUUCGAUCGAUGACGUUCGAUGCGAAUGAGAGUAUUCAUAAAUAAAAUACCAAACACGAAUGGGAGAGGUCGAGGAAAUCGCCAUUGUAGGAGUCGGGUGUAGAUUUCCUGGCGCUGAUAAUAUAAAAGAGUACUGGGAUGUUUUGAAAAAUGGAGAAAAUCAUGUGAAGGAAGUACCACGAGAUAGAUGGAACAUUGACGUAUUCUAUGACCCUGACCGAAACAAAACUGGAAAAACUUACGUUCGCACUGCAGGGUUCAUUAAAAGUAUUGACGAAUGGGACCAUCGUUGUUAUGGUAUUAAUGAUAUGGAAGCAGAGCUUGUUGACCCCCAACAAAGGAUUGUGUUGGAUUGUGUUCAUAUGGCAUUGGAGGAUGGCGGCAUAACAAGACAAGAUAUUGAUGGAACACAAACUGGUGUUUAUAUAGGGUCAAUGACUGAUGACUACAAAGGUUUUGUGAUGGAUGACAGUUCAAAAAGCAGUACAUACUCCGUAACAGGUACUCAAAACAGCGUUAUUAGUGCCAGGGUGUCAUACACGUAUAAUCUGUUAGGUCCUUCCAUAACUUUAGACACUGCUUGUUCGUCGUCAUUAGUCGCCAUAGAUGUUGCUUCACAGGCUUUGAUUACAGGAAAAUGUAGCAUGGCUAUAUGCGGAGGGGUAAAUAUACUCAUGGACCCACAAUUAUUCGUUGCUCUCUCUAAAGCUGGGAUGCUUUCACCGACCGGUCAGUGCCAAACAUUUACGAAAGAUGCUGAUGGCUAUGCCCGUGGAGAAGGUUGUGGAAUAGUGAUUCUUAAAACAUUGAAAAAUGCUAUUACUGAUGGUAAUAAGAUAUGGGGUACAUUAAGGACUGAGACGAAUCAAGAUGGGCACAUGGCCUCGCCCAUUACAGCACCAUCUGGACUUCAACAGGAGAAGCUGAUCAAGAAAAUCUUUGAAAGAUAUGGUAUUGCCAAAGAUAGGAUAAGUGUCAUUGAAGCUCAUGGAACCGGUACCGCGAUAGGAGACCCUACAGAAGUCAAUGCACUUGGAACACAAUUUGGAAAAAGUGCAAAUGCUAAAAAUGAAGUAUUCAUUGCUUCUGUUAAGACAAAUAUAGGUCAUCUAGAGGCAGCUGCUGGUGUUGCAGGACUUAUCAAAGUUCUUUUAAUGAUGAAAUAUGAUAUGAUUGUACCGUCAUUAUGGUAUACUAAGGAAAACGAAAAUCCUUUGAUUAGGUUAUCACAGCAUGGAUUUGUUGUACCUACAAAAUGCACAAAUUGGAAAAGGGUAGGUAAUGAAAACCGUUUAGCUUGUGUAAAUAGUUUUGGUUUUGGUGGCACAAAUGCUCAUUGCAUCGUUGAAGAAUAUAUACAAAAAUCCAAACAGGUACAUAAUAUUGAGUCGUGUUUACCUUUCGUCAUUGCCAUAACAGCAUAUAGCAAAGAAAGCCUCUUUACAAAUGUACAGCAUUUGUACGAUGCAUUGAAACAGCAGACCUAUGACAUAAGUGCUGUAUCUUACACAUCAACAUACAAGCGUGAGCAUAGGCCAUACAGGAAAGCAAUCUUCGGAAACAGUCAAGAUGGUAUUAUUUCAGCUGCUGGUUCCUUUCUUACCGAAAGUGGAAAGGUUUUCCCAUCAAAAGAUGCAACAAAAGUUGUGUUCGUUUUCUGUGGUGUUGGGACAGCAUGGAAAGGAAUGUGCAGCUCACUGAUGAACUUAAAAGUAUUUAAGGACACACUCUGUAGUAUCGAUAAACAUCUAAAACCACUAUCAGGCUGGAAUAUUUCAAGCAAACUCAUUGACAGUUACGAUAUAUUGACUUAUCCGAUGAUCUCACAUAUUGCCAUUUUUGCUUGUCAGAUUGGCCUUGCUUCAUUAUGGAAAGAAUUGGGAAUUGUUCCUGAUGUGGUUGUUGGGCAAUCGGUUGGAGAGGUUGCGGCUGCUUAUAUUGCUGGAUAUUUUGAUCUUCAAACAGCAGUUCAAAUCAUAUUCUACCGAUCGAAGCUCCUUGCAGCAGUAACAACUGGUACCAUGGCAGUAAUUCGCAAUGUUGAAGUUGAUGUCGUCGAAAAGUACUGUAAAACACUCGGAUCAGUAACUGUUGCAGUUUACAAUAGCCAAGAUUCGUGCACGGUGUCUGGAAUGGCUGAAGAUAUUCAAACUUUAAAGCACAAUCUUUCAACAUCAGAAUGCAUAAAACCGCAAUUUAUCGAUUUAAACGUGCAAUGUGCAUACCAUAGUAAAUAUGUCGAUCAAGCAGCGAAAGAUCUAGAAAAGCAUUUACACAACAAUCAGUACCGCAAAGCACAUACACCAAUGCUUUCUACUGUUACUGGAAAACUGGAGACGAACGGUUUGUUUGCGACACCAAACUAUUGGGGAAAAAAUGUUAAAAUGCCGGUUUUAUUCUCAGAUGCUAUAAAAGCCGUAGAAUCAAAAACAGAUCACAAUAUAUUUCUUGAGAUCGGACCCAGCCCAGUGCUGCGAGCGCAUAUUGAAAAAAUAGUUGUUGAAAGAAACAACUAUACAUUAAUUCCGUCAAUGCAGAAGAAUGAUGAGACAAAGACAUUUACAGAAGCACUGUGUACACUGUUCGAGCUUGGACUAACCCUAAAGUGGACAAAUAUAUAUCCAUAUAGAAGUCAUGUUACUGAUAUACCUACGUAUCAGUUCCGUAAAUUCCACACACUCUACCAAAGCCCAACUGCAGUCAAGAAAAAUCAAGGAAUAGACACAACUGAUGUUGAACAUUUGUAUGUAAAACAACUUCCACAGAAAGAAGAGAGUUUUCAUUUUAAUGUCGAAAUAAGUGAGAGCACUACACCAUUUGUAUUUCAACACAUUGUAACUGGCUUAGUAAUACUUCCCGGGGCAGUUUAUGCUGAUGUUGGCUUUGAAAUUGGAAGUAAUGUCUACGGUCUUUCAAAACAGAAUGUUUUAGUGUCGUUAGAAUUUUUGAGACCUGUAAGAAUAGAACCUGGGACAAAGACCAUUCUCCAUGUUUCCACAGUUGCUCAAAGAAAUGAAUUACUAUUCCAUGCAAAAUAUAAUCAUGUUACAAUGUGCAAAGGCUGGAUAAAAUCAGCAGAAGGGCCUUGUGAAUCUCAGAAAACGUUUGAUAUUGAAUGUAUGAAACUUUCAAUUUCUAGUUGUGGAUGCAAGCACAUGUCUGAAUAUGAUAUGUACGAAAAUUUGGAGUCAAUGGGAUUUAAAUACGGUAAUUAUUUUACUGUAAUGAAAUCAUGCAUUACAAAUGGUAUUGAAAGUUUAACAGAAGUAGAGAUUCCAGACGAAAUAGUGUGUCAGUAUGAAAUGACAACACUGCAUCCGUGUGUACUAGAUGGAAUGAUGCAAUCAACCAUAAACACAACACCGGAGGAGAUUCUGGUCAAGAUAAGGAAUGAAAAGCUCACCUUUAUGCCCGUCGCUAUUGGUGAACUCCGUUUGUUUGGAAAACCAGAAAAGAAAAUGUACGUUUUCACAAGGAGAUUCAACACGACCGUUUUAGAUUCCGUACUACAGGUCCAUUACAAUAUACUCUUACUCAGUAAGAAUGGAGCGGUUUUAGCAGACCUUCGGAACUAUACUACAUACGGAAAGAGAAACGCAUCAAUUGCACCUCGUGAACUAAGCUACCGGUUGACAUGGCAUCCAUUUGAAAAUAAAAUUCAGCAGAAAAACCAACCCACCAACGUUCUGGUUCUAACAAAUACGCCUUCGAAACAUGUGUGUCUAGAGUUUGACGAAUUUAAAAAUGUUCUCGUUUAUCAAAAUGAUCAAGAUGUGUCGAACGAAGAAUUCAUUUCAAAUGCAAUUCAUCAAGAUGGUAUCUCUCGGGAGAUUCAUGCCGUUGUUUUGCUUGUCGAGAAACAUGGUCAAAAUUCUAAUAUAAACGCAUUGUCAGCCCCACACAUCCACGAGCGUGUGCGAAACAACUGCAUGCUUCUAACUGCAAUUGUGAAGUUUAUGACUAACGAAAAUAUCGCUGUACCACUAUAUGUUGUUACGCAAAAUACACAGCCAACUUUUUCAAAUGAAUCGUCUAAGAUAAAUAUUGUCGGAGAAGAACUUUGGGGAUUCACUCGGUCUAUACAUCUCGAAUUCAUACAUGGUGAUAUAACAUUGAUAGACCUUCAACCCUCCAUACAAGAAACAAAACACACUUUAGUUUCUUUUGUUAACGAUACAUGCAACAAUAUGAAUCAUACGAAGCCAGAAAUCAUUAUAAACUAUGAUAAAAUAUAUGGGGCACAAUUUACAAAGGUUCCGAGGAAAGAAAUCAUUCCAACACUAAGGUUGGAAAACACCAUUUCAAGAAAAAUUCAUUCUUCUCAUAAGGUUUUAGCAGAUCGUUCAAAACGAAUAGAGUCAUUGGUUAUAACAAAGUCGAAAGAAAAUGAAGACAUUUCUAAAAAACAUCACAUUUCCGUACUGAUAAAAAGCGUUUGUUUACAUCCAGUUUCAAUUUACCCAAGAACAACAAGUGGGAUCAACCUUGAUCAAGAUAUAUGGAAAGAAUGUUUAGAUGAUGGCCAUCAUUUAUAUGGCCUUGAAUACACAGGUAUUCCUUUAUCAGGCAUUGUAAAUGGGAGAACAUCAAGCAAGAGGCCGGAAGUUAAUGCUUUUGAACAGAAAGACUGUUUCAAUAAAUGGGAAAUUUUAACAAUAUUUCCUUCGGAAAUUUCAACAAAGAUGUCAGUACCCGAAACUUGUACUGUACAAAUGAAGGACAUCCCAUUCUAUCAACCUGGUCUUGUUUUGACAACUGUUUUAAGUUGGAAUCUUACAAAAGAUAUUCCAAGUCGAGCAACUGUUGUUGUGUACAGCUGUCAGGAGUCUUCAAUGUCCAAACUUAUAUUAGAAACUUUAUUACAGACUCAGAACAAUGCCAUUCUUGUUGAUUUGUUAAACUAUCAAGAUAACAAUAAAGGCAAUAUUGACGUCUUGGUAACACUUGAAAAACUUGAUUUAACUUUGCCUGUACUGGGAAGAUGUAAAAAGAUAAUAUGUCUUCAGGGCUGCGUUUCAGAACUUGUGCGUCUAAAAGCUUCGAGGUCUGGCAAACAAACUAUUGCAACCUUCACUGCUUUAGAAUUGAUAGAAAAGAACGUUGUUUCUAAAUGUCUUCCUAAAAUCAUUUGCUGGCUGCAAAGGAAUUAUAAAAGAUUAGUAAUUUCGGAGCAUAGUUGCUCGGCAGACGAUUACUGCAACGUACCCUUCCCUUCACUUGAAAUUAUAAACGAUAGCAAUGCCAUAUUGCCUAUCAGAAAUCCUAUUGAUUGUUUGUUUAGUAAAUCUGCAAUAUAUAUUGUAACGGGAGGUAUGACAGGUCUAGGAUGGGAGAUUAUCCGCCUGCUAGCUGAAAUGGGAGCUGGUUUUAUAGGAUCUAUUUCAAGACGCGAUCAUUCAGCAGACAAAGCAGAUGAUAUUGAUAAAGUCGAGAAAGCAACUGGGUGCAAAAUAAUUCAGGUUAAAGGUGAUGUUUCUGACUUAAAGUCCAUUUCUAGAGCAAUUAAAGAACUUGAAUCAUAUGCCAAAAAUGGAUCCAUUCGAGGUGUCUUUCAUGGAGCAGGUGUCUUAAAUAGUAAACUUCUGAUGAAUUUAGAAGAGUCACAACUUGACUUUGUACUAAGACCUAAAGUGAUUGGAACAAUGAAUAUGCAUAUAGUCACAAAGGAUAUGGAUCUCGAUUAUUUUGUUGUUGCGUCUUCAAUAAACAGUUUGAUCGGAUCACCUGGUCAGAGUAGCUAUGGUGCCGCCAACUCAUUCCUUGAUACAUUUAUGGAAUGGAGACGACAACAUGGACUGCCAGGGCAAGCAAUCAAUUGGGGAGCAUUGUGCGUUGGAAUGGCAUCUAGACCCGAAUUUGUAGAAAGUUUUACAAAGCGAGGAUUCAAUCUUCUAUCCAUCCUUGAAAUCAGAAGUUGUUUUCAAGAUGCUUUAAUGCGAAAUACAAGUAGUAUUAUAUAUACGGAUAUUAACUGGGAUAUAUGUGCGAAGGAUUAUACAAACCCAAAGUUGGAGAGAACGAGAUUACAAAUGACAGUUUUGAUAGAGGAAGCUGUGUCACACAGCAUGCACUUUGACAAUGAUGGAAUAGAGGCUAUGUCUUUCGACAUAAAUGCAUUACGAAAUGUUGGGACAGAGAGACAACUCGUAGCUUUUACGCAAGUUAUUCUGAAGGUUUCAAGGAAAGUGAUUGGGGGUGACUUAAGCCAAAUUAGGAUAUCAUCUACAUUAGCAGAAAUGGCAUUUGACUCCAUGUCAACUGUCACUUUUAUCAACAUUGUGCAUGAUAUUACUGGGUUUCGCAUUCCACCGGCAUUCAUGCUUAACAUGAAUAACUCUCUAAAUAGCGUUGUGCAAUUGCUAUUUCAAGAAAUAUUUGCUGACAAAGCAUGCCAUAGCGAGUCUAUUGAACAUGAAAGUAAUAAAACAAACAAAUUACAUGAAAUAGAACCAAGCAAAGAUGGCAACAUGACGCCUAUUGAAACCUAAAUUUCCAAUAUUCUAUUCAACAUUCUGCUUGAAAGCGCAUACAUUGAUUAAAAGAGAGGGGUCAUUGACCCCUAUUUCUACCGUGAAAGUUUUAUGUGAAUUUGGAUUUAUACAUAUAUGAUUUGCGUUCAUCAUUCAACUUUUUCCUGAUUGUUGUAUGUGUCUUUAUUGUUUAUCAAAAGCUACUCGUCAUCCUUUCUUUUUGAAUAACAGCUUAUAUAUAAAAUAUAUUAUCAUUUUAUUCACGGCUUAUAUUACGUAUUGAAACUGUGUGUCUACAAAAAUAGAAUGUAUUAAGUUUUUGCAAAAGCUAUUGUUUUGUGUAAAUAUUUGGUGAUAUGUUUCAAAUGAAAGAUACUCUUUAACAUUAUUACUUCUUCUUCUUCUAUAAUUUGUUAUUUGUGAUCAUGUUUAAAAAUUGAUUUGUUUAGAUGGCAUUUAUAGGUGGAGAAACGAUGGCCAUCUAAAUUUUGUUGUUUUUGUUUUGAGUAAGGGAAGUAACCAAUAUUUUACAUGUAAACGUGUAGAAUACAUCCAUUCAAUUUUUUUAAUUCAUUUUAUUCCUUCAUUUGUAUUCAUAUUGUUUAAAGGUAGAGAUGAUAGAUCGCAUAAACCUGAAGCAACCCCUUAUAAUGCAAGAAAAUUUAAUGAUAAUAACUCGAAAUUAGAAGAUGAGUUUCGUGUAUUAUUUGAAUGUACCAAAUUGAAUGAUUUUGAAAACAACUUGAAUAGUGUUGGCAAAAAAGAUUUAUUGGAUUGUUAAUACCACAAAAUAUGAAAAUUAUCAAUGUUCAUCUUUUAAAUGUUUAAAGUAGAAUUGGUGGCUCAUAAUUUACAUUCGGUAUUUAGAUGAAAUGGUAUUUAAUUGUGACCAUUUGUAAAACUUGUGCCUCAUUGUUGUACUAUUGUUAUUUUUGUUGUUUUUAACCGAACUUUGAUGUCAAUUACAUUUUAGAAAUAUAACAUAUGCACAAUGAAUUGACUAAGUGUUUCUGCAUUUAUGUGUAUGAUAUUGUUUACUCAUAGACAUGUUGACUACACGUAUUUCGUAAAUAAAAUAAACAAACAAAACAUCCAUUAUGCUUCUGAUAUUACGUCUUAUAAAAUGGGAAAACUGUUCUAGUCGACGACAUUAACAUUAUUAAUGAGCCGCGUCAUGACAAAACCAACAUAGUGCGUUUGCGACCAGCAUGGAUCCAGACCAGCCUGCGCAUCAGUACUUAUAUAAACACUUAUGUACUAUGAACACAUAGAUGGUUGACCUCCAUAUACAUAUGCGGUUACAUUUAGGACAUUUGCUGUCUUUUAUUUUUUAUGAUUAUUUUUAAAAAAUGAAUUUUUAAACAAUGAAGUUGUCCCAUACCAUACAUGUUUUGAAUUGUAAAUUAUAUAAUAUAUGCAAAUAAUGUUAUUAUGUAUUAUAGAUUUAAUGUAACCAUGUGUUAAAGCAUUUAACUGUGAUAUUUUCAUCAUAUUUAAGUUUGUUACUUAAAUAAUGUUUAUUUCCAUCAUAUUUUAAGCCUCUUGUUAUUUUUUGUACACCAUUUUUUUUUUGUAGUUUUUGUUGUUUUGUUUAAUCAAUUGUUAAAGAGAUAUCAUAAAAUUAUAUUCUGGUAUACUUUUAACAUUGGAUAACAAAAAGAAGAAUGUUACAGAUGCCAAUGUUUUCCUAACGGCUAUAAAUAUAUCUUCUUUGUAAUAAAAUCAAAUUAUGCCUAGAAAUUUUAUCAUUCUCGAAUAUUUGCUGUAAUAAAGUGAAAUUUAAUUAUU